AUUUUCCAGUACUUGUUUCUUAUAUUAAAGUUCUUUUCUUCUUAUAUCAUACAGUUCUGUUGCAAUUUGAUGAUAAAGAUGAAAUAAUGAACUGUCCUUAAAUCUCUGCAGCCACAUGAACUCCGCCAAGUAGUCUGGUAUAAGCUCCUGAUUUGUUGAAACUUGAAUUUAUUUUAGCCCGCUGCCGCAUCGCUUCUACAUGAUUUGUAGUGGUACUGGUGACUGGGUCAACAAGAUUGUAGGUGUUGUUCACAAUCAGAUGUUGAUAGCCUAUGUUUCCUAUUUGGUGGUAUGCUUGCCACAUGUCCGAAUAGACAAUUGAGCCAGGCACUACCCACGUUUGAAUAAUUGGUAAUAGGGUCACAGCAUCCCUUCAAGGAACCAGGAACCCCUUUUUGUUGACCUCGUCAUAGCCUCCAAAGAACAAAUUUUGUGGAAGAAUUCUGCCGCGAUUGUACUUUCUUUUGGAGAACAGCCUCUUGUUGAUCUUGACGACUCGGCCAGGUUCUCCAAUUUGCUGAGGGUUGUUAAGAAAGUGCUCCACACAGACAUUGCGUCAGAAUUGUUCCCAGUCCACCACUGUUUGCUCACUUUUGAUAUCCAGUUCUUUUAAGUUCAGCUUUUGGGACAGGCCUGUCCUUCCGUCCACAGUCUAGGAUCCAAAAAUAUGUUAGAGCUAUUGUUUGCAAUAACUUGAGCCUCGAUAAAAACUACCCUUCCUCAAGUUUUAUCUUCUCCGACAUUGUGGGCACUGCCAUGUCAUUCCAUCUAGGGAUCUAUUGAGGGCCCCCUUGAUACAUUCUAUGUGGUAGUUCUCAUACAACAUCCUUCGCCCAAGAAGCCCACUCUGCCUCCAUCAAGCAAUGGUGUCAGGAUGUUCUCUGUGAACUGUCAGCAUAUCCCAAAUAAUGUGAUUGAGUCGAACUCAUUGAAAUUGGACACAAAUCUUGCCAUUUUCUUACUGGUAUUUCCGCCGACAGUUCUCCAAAGUGACCUGCUAUUAGUUGCGAAUGCACUUAUAACUUGUGUGCAAUUGUUGCUAAUUUUAGCACCAGACAAGCCAACACACCCCAGUGAUUAACACAUAGGUGCUAGUGGUUUGAAACACUAUCCAUUUAAUUGCUCUGGAAUCGGGGAAUCAGGUAAUUAGCGAAUAUUGAAACCAGUAAGCCAAUUUACCAGUGUUAUACCUUGCAUGAAACGUCUUUGCAUAAAUACUUUAUCUCUAAGACCAAAACACGCAACAGUGCAAUACAUUUGGUUAGAUUUCAAGAUAUACCAAAACUCCAGCCAAAUAAGGAAAAUUAGAAUGCAUCCAUGGCUACUGCCCUUCCAACAGCGAGGCACCUUAAAUCAUAUAUAACUCAUCAGUCGAGAAUGGUGUUUCCCUGAUCUUAGGAAAUUGGGGAAAGUCACCCCAAAUUAUAAAUCUGGACCAAAAACUGAUCUAGCAGCACCGAGAAGGACAAGUCUCACUACAAACACUACAAAGUUUCAAAGAGCCUAGUCUGGAUAAGGUUAAAAUAUCAAGUUGUUUACUGUUGAAAUACGAAAAUGUGCAAAAAAGGUGAUUUCAUGGAUAAAGUCACAUUCAAGUCACAUUCAAUUAACUUUAAACAAUCUUUUGGUGUUACAAAACUUGUAAAUGGCUUUGAAAAAAGCAAACAUUUAGUGAACUAAAGCUUUUCGUCUGACACUCUUCAGAGUUUAAAACGUCAGAACAUAGAUCGAAAACUCUACGCUAAGAAAUAUAUAUACCCAGUUUUGGAUCGAAAUAGGCUAAUCAGAAACACGAGCACAUGACUGUAAAGGUUGACCAAUCAGUGCCGCUUGCCUAUUAGAAUGUUAACAGUGGAGUCCUAAGGUGAAAACGAACUCCUUUUGUCUACACAGUAGCGAUUUUUUCGUGCUUAUGUAGAUAGAUUCUAAAACUGCUAGGUGGAACGACAAUCGGGCUUUACCAAUAAUCCGAAACAUGUUGCCAUUAUAGUUUUUUGCACAAUCUGGGUUUUCUAGCAAAUGCUGCCCGAUAGCAGAAUCGCAGGUUUUAGUAGUAAUUUUGGAUUUGCAAGACCGAGGUGGCUGUUCUCUUUGGGGAUGUGUUUUUUUUCUAAUAUUAGAUGGAACGUGUUGUUUUAUCAUAUCCUCCAAUCUUUGGGUGGUGCGUCCUACGUAGCCAGAAUCACACUGGCACGUAAAUUCAUAAACAACAGAACUUUUUUUGUGGCAGGAACGCAGUCGGCCUUUUUUGUACUGUAAAAAACACGUGGGUUAACCGCGAAGAAACCGCUGAGGUACACAAAUGAGGUGCAGAGGUACACAAAUGAAGAGAUUGAGGAUCUCAACGCAUUGGUUAAGCUUAGAGGUAAGCCGAAUCGGCCAGGUUCUCUUUAUCCUUUCUCAGUUUAUGUUUCACUAAUCGGGUUGCACCUAAAUUCAUCACCGCUUGUAUUUCUAAUUCUGGUGUUAGACACAGCCCAACCAUUGAGCGCGCUUUUCUACAAGAUGAAAUUCAGAAAACUAGAACUAAUAUUCUGAAUCUAAAACGUUUAUACACACGCCAAUGGUCUAAAACGCGUCUGUUUCUCACAUUCUUUGAUAAUUUUCGACUUUGCCGCUACUUUCCUGAAAUUGACCAGCGGAAGCUAAAACAGACUACAGAAAAACAUGAUAGGAACAUUGGCAUGCUAGUUAGGAAAAGUUUUGGCGGCUUGAUGAGUGAUUCAAAAAAACAUAUUUUUAAUUUGUCGGACUUUUCUCUCUCUGAAACCGAAACAUUUGUCUUAGGUAAUGGUCUUGAAUUUUGUAUCCCACCACAACAAAUAAACAGAGAGGAACUUUUUGCUGAAUUCGAAAUUUUACACGCUAUUUGCCAGACACGAUAUUUCUGAUGCUUUGGAAUUUAACAAAUUACGAGCAGGACUAAGCGAUUUGGGGUACGCUUACAGUGGCUCUCCCAUUGACCACUCAGAUUUUCUUUUGCAUAGAGAACAUAUUCAAGCAUUAAAAUCUCUACGGUCUAAUAAUGUCAUCUUUAUUACUAAGCCUGAUAAAGGGUCAGGAGUGGUUAUUUUGAACAAAAAGGACUAGAUCCAAAAAAUGGAGAAUAUUCUCCUCGACAAAGAAAAGUUCGAAAAAUUGGGUGACGUCGAAACACAGGAUAAUACGGGCAAGCUUUAGCGGAAACUUCGAAAACGCCUUUUGGAGCUGGUUAACUCAAAAGUGUUGACCAACAAAGUUUAUGAUAGGAUAAGACCCACAGGUUCACAACGUCCACAAAUGUAUGGCCUCCCUAAAAUACACAAGCCGAAUGUCCCACUUAGACCCAUUUUGUCUAUGAUUGGCUCAGCACAACACGAACUGGCUAAGUGGCUUUCUGAAGUUUUGGACCCUGUUCUUCAAAAAUAUUCAAAACAUUGUACCAAGGACUCUUUUACGUUCGCUGAGUUCAUGCAAAACUUGAACAUCGAAAACGAAACAUCUUUCAUGUGUUCUUUCGACAUUAGCAGUUUUUUCACUAAUGUCCCUUUGAAUGAGACCAUCAAAAUAUGUGCCAACGCUUUGUACCGGAGCGAGCUUAAUAGCCCACCAUUCCCAGAGGAAGUAUUCAUUGAACUGACGGAAACUGCAACACGUUCAGUUGAAUUCAGCUUUAACAAUGAAAUGCACCAACAAAAGGAUGGUGUCGCUAUGGGUAGCCUACUGGAACCGGCCUUGGCCAAUAUCUUUGUUGGCUUUCAUGAAGAGCGUUUGUUUGACUGCGACCAAAAGCCAGGUGUCUAUUUUCGGUAUGUGGACGACACAUAUACUAUUUUCAAAACAGAGGCUGAGUGUGAUAUUUUCCUAAAACGCCUUAAUGGUCUUCACACAGCCCUACAUUUUACAUUUGAAAAGGAAGAAAAUAACUCCUUGCCAUUUCUGGAUGUUCUGGUUGAAAAAUCUGACACUGGUUUUCUCACCAGUGUACACCGUAAACCCACAUUUUCGGGGUUAUACACUCGAUGGAGUUUGUUUUGCCCAAAACAAAGAAAAAUCAGCCUCAUCGAAACGCUUACACAUAGGGCACUGAUGAUUUGUUCCAAGUCUAAACUCGACUCAGAACUUGAAAAGCUAACUAAAAUUUUUCUGGAGAACGGCUAUCCAGAAGAUGUUAUUUCAGUUUACAUUAAGGAGAAGAUAGAAAAUUUUUCGGCUGACGUAAAAUUUGGUCCUCAAAAGUGCCUGGUCUAUCUAAAACUACCCUGGAUCGGUAACUGCUCCCUACGUUUUCAAAGCCAAAUAAAACAGGCCAUAACAAAUUGUUUCUUCGCGGUUAACCCAUGUGUUGUUUACAGUACAAAAAGGCCCUUCCGUUCAUUCAAAAGGACUGCGUUCCUGCCACAAAAAAAAAAUUCUGUUGUUUAUGAAUUUACAUGCCAGUGUGAUUCUGGCUACGUAGGACGCACCACCCAAAGAUUGGAGGAUAGCAUAAAACAACACAUUCCAUCUUAUAUUAGAAACAAAACACAUCCCCAAAGAGAACAGCCACCUCGGUCUUGCAAAUCCAAAAUUACUACCAAAACCUGCGAUUCUGCUAUCAGGCAGCAUUUGCUAGAAAACCCAGAUUGUUCAAAAAACUAUAAUGGCGACAUGUUUCGGAUUAUUGGUAAAGCCCAGUCGUCGUUCCACCUAGCAGUUUUAGAAUCUAUCUACAUAAGCACGAAAAAACCGCUACUGUGUAUACAAAAGGAGUUUGUUUUCACCUUAGGACUCCACUGGUAACAUUCUAAUAGGCAAGCGGCACUGAUUGGUCAACCUUUACAGUCAUGUGCUCGUGUUUCUGAUUGGCCUAUUUUGAUCCACAACUGGUAAAUAUAUUUCUUAGCGUAGAGUUGUUGAUCUGACGUUUGACGUUUUAAACUCUGAAGAGUGUCAGACGAAAAGCUUUAGUUUACUAAAUGUUUGCUUUUUUCAAAGCCAUUUUCAAUUAACUUUGUUCAAGAGAAUGCAGAGGCCACAAAAGUAAGUGUAUGAUGCUUCAUCAAAGGACCUGACUUACUUGACUUAAUUCGAGUUUCCUCGAACAUCUUUAACCAGUUUCUUCCAUUCUUCUCUGUUUUCCAUCACGCAUUUGAUGUUGGUGCAAUCCAGUCCAGUAUCAUUUAACAGUUGGUCCAUAUAGGUGAUACAGGGUCUUCCUGGUUUCUGCUGGCUCUGUGUUGGUUGCCAGAGAAGCAGUUUGUCUUUUCUUCUCCAACAAUGUCCGACAAAACGUAAUCGCCUCUCUUGUAACACAAUUGACACUUUUGAGAGAUUUUCAUAUAAUCUUUGAUUUCAUAUAAUUUAUGCAUCUAAACAAUGUCUGACGUUUUAAACUCUGAAGAGUGUCAGACGAAAACCUUUAGUUUACUAAAUGGUUGCUUUUUUCAAAGCCAUUUUCAAUUAACUUUGUUCAAGAGAAUGCAGAGGCCACAAAAGUAAGUGUAUGAUGCUUCAUCAAAGGACCUGACUUACUUGAGUUAAUUCGAGUUUCCUCGAACAUCUUUAACCAGUUUCUUCCAUUCUUCUCUGUUUUCCAUCACGCGUUUGAUGUUGUUGCAAUCCAGUCCAGUAUCAUUUAACAGUUGGUCCAUAUAGGUGAUACAGGGUCUUCCUGGUUUCUGCUGGCUCUGUGUUGGUUGCCAGAGAAGCAGUUUGGAGAUCAGUUUGUCUUUUCUUCUCCAACAAUGUCCGACAAAACGUAAUCGCCUCUCUUGUAACACAAUUGACACUUUUGAGAGAUUUUCAUAUAAUUGCUAGUUAGUCUUGUGGUCUUUCCAUGACACCCCAAGAACAGAUCUCAGCAUUUUCGUGUAAGUACCAUCAAGACGAUCUCUCAUUUUUUUGUCAUCUUCCAGGUUUCAGUGCCAUAAAACAACACUUUCAACAGUUGACUGGAAGAACUUUAUCUUGAGAUCAUCAUUUAAAUUUGAAACCCAUAUAGAUCGGAAAGAAGAAAAACAGGUAACUCACUUAAUAAUUGUUUACAUGUAGGCCCACCAUUCACACCUUUGUUAUUUGAUAUAUUGUUAAGGUUUAGGGAGUUUGAAGUACCUAAGGUAGCAGAUAUUGAACAUUUGUUGUACAUUAGGUUGUUUACUGCAGCAUUAAUGGUGGGCCUGCACGUCUGCUGUUCGGUUGCUGAAGAGCAAGCUAGUCGGUUGCUGAAGAGCAAGCUAGUCGGUUGCUGAAGAGCAAGCUAGUCGGUUGCUGAAGAAGGGCCAGGGUGAGGUUAUUCUGACACCUCCAUUUAUGCCAUAAACAGAAGCUGUUCAUUCUUACUGGUGUCACCCAGAUCAGAGAGCAUCACCUCUUCUGUUUCGAAUUCCUUUUUCAAGAAUUUUAAGGAUUUUUCUACGGUGGCAAUUUUAGCCUCCGCAGACAUAAGGUGGCCUUUCAUUUUCACAAUUUCUUUUUGUUGUCUUUCCAUAUUUUAACCUUUUCUUUCAGGUCCUGGUUUAAACAUUUAAUCAUCAGUCUUAGUCUGUUUAUCUGCAUGGCAGUGUUUGAAAAAAUGUGGGUUGUGUUGGUUUCCAUCGUGCAAUAAUAAGAACCCAAGGAGGAACUUAAUCAUCUAGAGCUACGACAGGAAAGAAUUUCAAAUUUUGAUGUGACCAAAUCAAUGUAUUGUAAAGGGAAGAAUGAGAUUCAUUCAUAUAUGGAAAUAUGUAAUGUGAUUAGCAUUUUAGUUUAAGGAAAGAGUUGCUUACCGGAAACAUGUUUGAGUUACAAAGUGUCUUGUUUUAGCCCAGAUAAAUGCAAGGCAAAUUAUCUGCUGGUGAAAAGAGAAAAUAGAGUGAAGAAAUGAGAUUCAUUCAAACAUGUGAAAAUGCAUUGGGAAUAGCAUUUUGGUACAAAAAAUUGCUUAUUCUAAAAAUGUUCGAAUUUAAUAUUAAAUUUGGAACGUUUUUUGGUGUAGAGAUAGAAGGUAGACUGGAAAUAAAUAUGAAUUUCGAGAUAAAGAUGAAUAUAAUUAAAAAAGUAUAUACUUAAAGAGACUUACCAAGUUCAGUUUGAAUAAACGUCUUAGAAGCUAUGUUAAAGAAAAAUUGAAAUGUUUGUUCAGUUCUAUCCCUUUAUAUUCUUAUGUAAGAGUGUACAACAUGGUUUCCUUGAUGAUGGAAAUAUUGCUCUCAAGUUUCUUUUUUGCAUUUAGAGCAGUCCAGAUUUCGCCACUUGAUCGUUUGGUGUAUGAUUAACAAACAUAAGUUCUUAUGUAAUCUAGUUGUGGCAAAACCCUUACCUUUAAUUGGAUAAUCAUUACCAUUAAGAGGAGUCAAGAUUUCGCCACUUGGUCGUUUGGUGUAUGCUCUAGGACGACCAGGCUCUGCCAAUUUUCCGAAACAUGUUGUCAUUAUAGAGUUUCGGACAAUCUGGGGUCUCUAAAAGAGGUUGACCAAUGGCAGAAUAACUUGUUUUAACAGUGUUCUAGACCUACAAGUUCGAGGAGGCUGUUCCCUUUGAGGGGCAGUUUUGUUUCUUAUCUUGGAAGGAACAUGCUAUUUUAUCCUAUCCCCCAAUCUUUUGCGUCCUACGUAGCCAGAAUCACACUGGCACGUAAAUUCAUAAAUGACAGAACUUUUUUGGUUGGUAGGAACGCAAUCCUUUUGAAUGGAUGGAAAGGCUCUCCUAGAGCUGUAAACAAUCCAAGUAUUUUAUUUUGUUAAGCUGACUUCUUGCAAUUAGAUAACUACUUCUCUUUUAUAAUCUUAAGAUCACGAAAUUUAUCCUCGACUUCUUUGGAAAUUUGGUCAAAAAACUCUCCUAUUGCAUGCAUGGUCUCGCUGCAGUGAAACUAUUUCUAAAUGCCACAUUUCUGAAUCAUUCACUGGCUUUAUCUUAACAUGAAAAGAUGCCCUAUGUAAUGCAUAUUAAGUGAUGUAAUGGAUGCCCUAUGUAAUGCAUAUUAAGUGAUGUAAUGGAUGCCCUAUGUAAUGGAUAUUCGCACAAGGGAAAUCUUUGCUUUGUCAACUUUAAACUGAAUAAAGAACCUGUGCAAUUCUCAUCAAAUGACAUGACAUUCACCUUACUUGAUGCAACAAUUGAAUUUUUAAGCAGCAAAUUCCGUUUGGAUUAUUAUUAUUAUUACCACUUGUCCCCAGAUACAAGCAAACAGAAACUUUUUGUGAUCUUUGGAUAACUGGUAAGUGGAUAACUGGUAAGUUAGUUAAAGGGCCACUCCAGCCCAAAAUUUUUAUUUCAUAACACGAUGUAAUCAGACCCCCUGAAAACGAAUCUGCAAUUAUUCUUUUCAUAUCUCUUACCGUUUUGUAGUCAUAAGCGUUUGUAAAUUGGUCAUUGAGUUGAAUUGUUUUUCCACUGUGUUAUAAGAGAUCUUCGGAUUGACGUUACAAACAUUUUCGUUGAUUUUGGUGCAAAGUUUGAGUUUGAAAUUGCUGCACUAGUUCGCCUCCACAACCAAGACAGAGAAAUGAUUAGAAAGAUAGAUGAAGUCAAAUCAAGAUGCCAUUCAAUGCUACUAGAGGCAGCUCAACAAGUUUACACACGGCUUCAAAAGAUCACUUCAACGCUCUCAGCUAUCUUCGCCCAUCCCGGAUUUUAAGCCAAUUAGAAAGAGUGCCCUUGGCCCAACUUCCAAUGCUGCAUUCGAUUAAAGAGUGUAUGUCCACGAUUGACUCCCAAUAUAGAAGUAUAUUGCAUGUUAACUGGAGUGAGGAAUCUGUUUUUGCAAAUGGAAUUCCGUCAGAUGUUGUCCAUUUUUGGGUAGGAAUACUGGAAUAUAGCAACCUACUAGGAAAUAGUGCAUUUUGGGAGCUUGCAAAUCAUGCCCUUUCGUGUCUGACAACCCCAAUUAGUAAUGCAGUUGUUAAAGAGGAUAUUAGGUUUAUUUCAACCAAGUUUAACACGCAGAUUUCAAAACUUUUUUCCUUUUUUCGAUACGAUAUCUAGUUCAUGAAAUAUUCGGUUUUAAAUUCGGAAUUUCGCAUACUUCGAUGGCAAAAUUUGAACGCGGUCAGAAAUUUGGCGCCAGAAGUCUGUGACGUCAGAUGUUGGACAGAAUAAGAGUGCUUUGUUGUGUUAGAUUGCCACCUACACGUUAAAGCUUGGUUUCCACUAUGAGUUAACAUGAGUUAAUUUGAGAUAAUUUUGUGAUCUGACAUGGUUUAAAAAUUAUCUCAUAGUGGAAACGGUCAUUAAAAAUUAUCUCAUGAAAAUUAACUCGUGUUAACUCACGUUAUCUCAUGAGCUUGGAAACAAAAUUUUUUGAUUUCAAGCUCAUGAGUUAACUUGAGAUAACAUCUUAUCAAAAGAAGCCAAUGCGUGGUAGGGGAAUGUGCUAUAAUUUGCACUGAGGUUCUUACGCAACGCACUUGCAGUGAGUAUUACUUUAGAUGUUGAAAACAGUUUUCUUUACCAAAAAAAUUAAUUGUGAAAUAAGAGAAACAUUUUCUCAUUUCUAAGAUCCUGUUGCAAGUGGUCGUAUUCACCAAACGCAUAUCUUUUUUUGGUAGACUCUCCGUACCGAAAACCUUGGCGCAGAUCGCGAACAGCACUUCUAGCAAAAAAUAUUUUCCUUCUAAGUAUUCUCAAAAGCAGAAGUAAAAUAAGUUGUUCUUGUAAGACGCCCGCCAUAGCUGCAAGACUCAAAUAAAAUGUGAUUUCUGAAAUUUCAAUACUUAAUUCUAUCUCAAGUGGAAACCGAAUCGGUAACAUGGGUUAAUUUUGAGAUAGCUCGCGUUAUCUCACGCUAUUUCACAGUAUCUCAAGUUAACUUGAAUUUAGACCAUGAGUUAAUUUUCAAUUUAGCUCAGAAUUAUCUCACGUUAACCCAUAGUGGAAACCAAACUUAAGUGCGAAAUGAAAUCCGCUUGCAAUAAUUUCCUGUUGUUUACUUCUGUGACAAAUUAUCAGCUUUUUUGAAUAACUGUUGAAUACGUAUUCAGGAAAUUUCGUAAAGGUAAUUUUUGGAGGAUUUACGUUUGCCAAUAGCUUGCACAAUAAUGUUGUCACGUCCCUCAACUUCUAUACUAAUCUUUGUAUGCAUUAUUAUGUGUGUUAAUUAUUGAGAUUUCCGACUUUUUAAUAAUUGAAAAAACCUUUCGAGUUCACAAAAGUAUAAAAUAGGGGUGUCAGAUGCUUUCAGGCAGUUUUCAGUUCAGAACAUCAGCUCAAAACAACGAGAUUAGAAACAAGAUUUCGAAUUCAAAUCAAUAAGUAUGCAAGAACAAGAAUCUACAAGGCCGACAAACAAAAAAGUGAGACGUGGGGGGGCAAUAUUGCGUUGCCGGAUUAUCAAAUGGGGAGAGGUGUACAAACAGUAUUUUGACGUCAGGUAUUAGUAUGCACCGUUUUCCAAGUAAAAACCUCGAUUUGCGGAGGCAAUGGAUUCGUUUCGUCAGAAGACAUCAUGCCAAUUUCAAUCACCAAGCCUACUCGAUCGGCCCUUACCUGUGCUCAGAUCAUUUUGAGCGCUCUUGCUAUGAAAAACCGUUUGCUUUAGAGCUUCCUGGUUUUGACAGUUCCAAAACGAAGAGGACUUUAAAAAAGGAUGGUAUUCCAACUGUAUUCAACACACGAGGACAAAGCCAGGCAUUUAGUGAAUCGUCUUCAAAGGUGGCAAGAAACAGAAGAACUGUGAGUAUAAAAUAUACCUUUGAGCUUUAUCUAUGUACAGUCUCUAUGAAAAUGACUCUCAUCAUUCUCAGAUUCAAGGUUUACGUAAUUUUUUCAAUAAAGUGUUUUAACAAACUAUAUAUUAGUUUCUUAAAAUUUACCAUUUCCUCAAUUUUAGUUGUUAAGAGGAAUCAAACAGCACGAACACGCUAACAGAAAUGAAUGUGCUUCAGGACAGUUCAAUGAAGAGAUAGAAGAGGUUGAGGUAGGCGAAAAUGCGUUCACAAUUGGAGACUCUUUCACCAUCGGGGAACAGCACAACGAUUCUGAAGAACAUGUAGACGUUGUUCCAUUGCAGUGCCAAGUUCAUCUGACAGGUGCCCCCGUACACACAUGCCCCACAUGCAUAACCCCUCAACCAGAAGAGGUUCAAGGAAAUAUUAGGACACAUACGGCAAUACAGGUGGCAAUGAUGUGCAAGAAAUGACAGCGAAUGGAAAGUUGAUGAAGCAGACAGUUCUCCUAGUGACAUGUCAGAUAAUGAUGGGACUGAUUUUGAUGAUUAUGAUUAUGAUGAUACACAUAAAAAGAGGCAACAAGUGAGGUAAUGCUACAUAUUCUGCUGAGCCAAUUUUUCAUUAGCCAAGCAACAAAUAACAAAAAGUCCUUUUUUCCCUUCCAUAUGUUGUAUAAUAUUUUGACAAAAUUAUCAUUUUUAUGAGAUGUAGGGAAUGUCAGGGAAAUGCAUUAAUAUAUAUCUUUUUUGUAUCUUUAUCGCAGAAUUGACCAAAAUGCAACUCCAGAAAAAGAACCCAAGUUUAUUGUAUUUUAUACAAUGCUACUACAAGUCUUUUCAAUCCUCUGUUUCAAGUGUAAAAAAAAUAAGCCAGGAGUCAGAAUGGAGCAGAAUGGGACAAUGGUAACUGUUUAUCAGAGUUGCAUCGAAUGUGGGAAAGACUGUUGGAAAUGGAGGUCACAACCAUACGUUCUUGGUCGUUAUCCAGCUGGUAACAUCUUGCUUAGUCUCAGCACUCUUACAGCAGGAGCAUCAAUCAACAAACUGCUAUUAAUUUUCAGACACUUCGGCCUUGCCACUUACAGUGCACAUAAUUUUUUCCGUCAUCAAAAAAAGUUUGUUUUCCCUGCAAUUCUCCGUCACUGGGAGCUAUAUAGAGCAUCAUUGCUGACUGAGCUUCAUGGUGUUAAAAACAUUGUCCUAUGUGGCGAUGGUCGACUCGAUGGGGCAUUCAGCAAAAUAUGGCACUUACACGAUGUAUUGUGACAAUAUAAAAAAAAUCAUACACUUUGAAUUGGUUCAGGUAAUGGAAAAAUCAUAAACAAUUUUUUCUAUCAAUCUAAUUUAUUUGUAAGUGACUUAUUACAGAAAGCCCAAACUUAACAAUUUCCUUUCUUUAUUUCGAAAGAUUCGGUACAUGCCACAUGAAAAGAUAGAAACUUAAUUUUUAAAGUAAGUUAAUUAAUAAGAUUGUUUUCAAAUGGAAUCAAAUAUCUAGCAUUAAAAAAUCAUUAACAAGGUCAAAUAUCAAGUCUUGGACCUUAUAAAACUGGAUUGGACUUCAAAUGUGUCUAUUUGUAGACAAAAUUAAAUACUGUUGUUAUAAGUCAUCAAGCAUAAACUUGUAUCUUCAUAUCUGUGUGUUUAAUAACCUGACAUCAAUUUCAACUUUGAAUUAAACUGAUGUACAUUUUCACCCUCUUUAUUUUAUUUCCUGUAUAGUCAAAUGAAUGCAAAGGUAGUUCCAAUAUGGAGUUGCUUGGUGCUAAGCGAUGUUUUGGAUACCUAAAUGAUGCCGGGAUAGAGGUCUCCAAUUUUAUAUCAGACAGACACUGAGUGGCCAAAUGGAUAAGGGAGUCUUUACCACAUGUCUAUCAUUAUUAUGAUAUUUGGCAUGUUGCACGUACCUUAACCAAGAAUGUAACAAUAGCUAGCAAGGAGAGAAAUUGUGAGAUAUUGGGUACCUGGUGUUCAGCAAUCCGCAACCACCUCUACUGGUGUGCAACAUCGACAAAGGAAGGUUUUGGGAAACUCAUUGUGGCAGGCUUUCUCAAAUCACAUCCAGAACAAGCACAACAACCACGAAGACAAACUGUUUCAGAGGUGUGCACAUGGAGAACUAGAUCAUAAACGUAGAUGGAUUCUCAAUGGUUUGUAUCAUUUUGUCAAAUCACUGCAUUUUAUACAAAAUGUAGCCCCUUUCAUAAUUUAAUGGUUUUUUUAAAGAGACGCAAACACCGUUCAUUAAAGAUUCUAAAUGGUCUUGCAUCAAUUUUGAAACCUAAGAAAAUAAACAAUUGUGCUGAUUGUUAAACUUCCCAUAUACUUCUCCUUAACAGCUAACAUAAAAUAAUAGUAUUAAAUAUAUGUAAUUCAACAGGAACUACUGCAUAUGACAAGAUUCAGCCAAUUCUAAUGAAUCAAAGCCUUCUACAAGACAUUGCGAAAUUGUCAUCAAAUGCACAAACCAGCUGUCUUGAGGGUUACCACUCUACACUGAACCAAUGGCACCCAAAAAUGACACAUUACUCCUGGAUUGGCUCUCUGUGCAGUUGGUUAAGUCUGUUCUAAUUAGAGAAGAGGUUGAAAGAGAUGCAGAAGAUGAGGACAGUCCACAAGCAGCCAGUGAAUCUGAUCAGGAUGUGCAGCUUUCAGAUGAGUCAGCUGUUCAAAAGCAACGCGAUUUUGGGUGUCAAGCUGAAUCUCCUUGCAUAUCAUGUACAAAGCUGAAAUCAGUGGAGAAUAAAUUGACGCUAUGGAAGAGAAAGUGGAGGCUGCUGCAGUGGAGACUGAGGUAUCAAAAGAGCAAGCAAGCAUUAAAAGCCAAUCCGCCAAAGAUUGUUUCUGCCACUAAGGAGAUUGAGGAAGAAGAUUUGGACACUGAAGAUGACAUACAUUUCUUUGAAACUGAGGAUGAAAAUGAUGAGGAAUAUGUCAUAGAUAAUGAAACCAGCCCUUAUAUUGACAUAGAAGAUGGUAGAAAUCUACGAGAGCAAUCAAAGUUCAUUGUUUUUCUUUCAAAUCUCCUGCUUUUGUUUACUUUCUGCCCUGCAUGCAAAGCAGACGAUCCGCUCAUUGAAACAAGGCAAAAUGGGACAAUGGUGGAAGUGAAAACAAUCUGCGGAAACAGUAGGUGCAAUAAAAGAGAAAAUGUCUGGAAAGGUCAGCCCUUUUUUGAAAAAACAAAACUGCCUGCUGCCGAUCUUUUGUUGACCUUUGCAGUAGUGACAGCUGGAGCAACAUGGGCAAAAAUUGAGAGAGUGUUUCGCCAUAUGGGAAUAUUCGUAUUUCAACGUCAGUAUUGUAGGACAAGUGGCUUGGGGGGUUUAAUUUCUGAUCGUUUUCUGAAUGUGAAACCUGUUACAAUGUAUGUACUUGAAACCACUCUUUUUUCAAAAAAAUCAUAGGUGUAGAAAAGUGAAAAAAAUUGCAGGACAAGGAAAGGAACAAAACUACUGAAAAGUGUCAAAUUAGGAGAAAUUACUUAUGCAAUAUUAGCUUUCAAAUUCUUCAAAAAAUUAGUUUUCAAAUGACUGUAAUCAAUUUUCAUAGAAAAUUUUAUUGCUAAAGAGUUACAAUAAAUAAAAAAACGAAAUCCCUAUUAUUUCUUGUCACUCGGCUGGUAGAUCUUCGAAUCCUGUGUAUUCUUCAUCUGUGUUGAAUACAUUUCUUUUGGAGAAAUUCGCACAAGCUGGCAAAGGUGUUCUUUUGCUCCCAAUUACCCCAUGCACUAGUCGCGUAAAUUCACGAUAUGCCACAGCACGUAGAAAGCUAGAAAAUGAAAAAAUUCAAACUUUUGAUUUAUAUUUAAUGUGCAAAAAAGAAAAGCUUUGGAACAAUAUAUCAAUUAGGAUAGAUAUAUGUUAUCAAUGUAGACAAAUAACUAUGUUAUCCUUACGCUUUGUUUGACCGCAGCUGCAAAUAUUGCCUUUUUUGCCUGGUUUUGUACCUGGUGGAAGCAAGCCUGAGGGACCACUUUGACAGACAACAUGCUGCAAAUCCACGGUGUAAUGUGAUGCAACUAGGAGGGCUACCAACCUCUGCUUGGACCAAGUCAUCCUCCAAAGUAUUAGUGCAUUCUGGUAUUUCUUUGCAGCAGUAACACUCCAUUGGAUUUUUAAGGAGGCUAACAUCACAGAGCCCACAUUUGCAUCUAUUAUGUUUUAAUAAAGAUUUAUUAAACCCAUUGUUUCAGUGUUUAUGUCUAUGAAUUAAGAAUCUAUUAAGAAUGUAGUAACAAGCUGUAUAUGACUUAAAUUACUUGCUUAAAAUAAAUCUGAUUCGUUUGAGCAUUUGGCUCAGUUGAAUGGUGGUUGGUUUUUGAAGCAGCAACUUGGAGCUCGAUUCUGACCAAAAGAAGUAUUGGCCAGCAUGUAGAAAAAAUUUUCUCACGUCAGCUUAGUUCUCGUUAUUAACAAAUAUAUUUAUUUCUAUGAACCACUUAUAUAUAAAUUAGGCUGGUUCUCUGCAAAUUUCCGUCUUUGCAAGUUCAUUGUGACAGCAUUGAAGCUGUCCUGUCCCUCGCAUGUCCUGUCCCUCGCAUAGAAAUUGGCCUAAGUAAGGCUCCAUUAAUUUAUGUAACUAGAUAAACGGAUACUUGAAAAAAAUUAGGCUGAAUAUUGCUUACCAUUGGUCUAAAGAAAUAGCCAAUUUCAAGCGCUGUUCAAAUUCAUGGUACCUCUUCUGAUCGGAUACCUUUUUAGCUAGAUAGUUUCGCAACCAUUCUUCGUCAGCUAGUGGUUCAUCAGCAUACGGCUCAACCCAGUCGGGAUCACUGAAAUGGUUGGUUUUAGAUGUUGUUGUUGGGCCAGAGAUGUCCAUAUAUUCGACCUCUUCAUCAUAAUUUGAAAGUGAACUGUUUUCCGAACUCUUCUGUGAGGAUUCAGAAUCUGAAUUUGCCAUCCUUGGAAACACUCUGAUUGGCGUUUACACUGUAGCACCAGCGGACUAUGCGAAUGAUUGUUAGUUACGCAACUGUUGUUACGCUGUCGCUGUUGUUACACAGAGAAGAUACAAGGUGCCCACGAGGUGACAACGACAUUAUUUCACAAAUGGCUUUACUCUUAUAACUGCUAGACACUUCUUCACCGUAAGUCAGCCGCACUAUUUCAUCUACGCCUGGUCGUGUCAGCCAGUGGUCGUAUCGACAACGGUGGCCUAGGCCAAGGUAGGCAACGAAACUACGUUAAUCGUAGCAACAAAUUGUUUCCAAUAAUUUCAGAGAAUCAUCAGUUUAAUCAAAAAAAAUCCAUAGCAUACUAAUAAGAAAAUUUUUCCGAAUUCCAAUAACUCAAAAAUGACGAGUGCAGUUUCCAAUAACUCAAAAAUGAUGAGUGCAGUUGCCUUUCCAGAAACCAGCAAUGGGUGUUGUUUUGUGCUACGGAAUCAAUGAAAUUUGGUUCUGUUUUCGACGUCACGAGCCACUACCCAGGCCCCAAGAGACAAGCGCUGUUUUGUGCAAAUUUGAGCCACGUUUGGGGGCGAUUUUACCCUAUUUCUAAAGGCGUGAUGAAAUUUUAAUGGCCAUAUUCGCAAUGAGCAUGUUCUAAUUGUACAUUAAGCCUAUUUUAAGAUUUGACCAUAGUUGCACUUUAAGAAAGUGCCAACGUGUGCAACAGUAUUUGAAUGCCAUUCCUAGCAAAAACACAGCCUACUUUACAUAAAUGUAUAAUUUUUAUUUGUAUCAGUAUCAACAAAAUAAAACUAAACUUCAUUUGUGAGUCAAACAGAAAAUGUAUCCAAAUACCCAACAAAGAACUGUUAUAUUUUUUCCAAGGCAUAUAAUGGCAGUUUCACAUUUCAACGAAAACCUGCACAGGGAAGCACAAAAAGACAAAAAUGGAAAGGAAUAUCUCAAAGUUUCUUAUCCUAAAUAUAAACUUGGCGAAGAAGCAGUAAAAC